UUUCCCAUGACGAGCUCACAGCUGAGCAUUCGGCUUCCCAGCAGGGCUCUAAGCCCAUAGUUGCUAUUGUCCUCUCUUUGUUUUUUAAUUUUUGGCAGGAGGAGGUGCUUGCUUCUGUCAAUUAUUUUGUUGCUUCUCAGAUAGGAGAUAUGGUAAAAGUACAGAAUAGGACUUGCUGGCUAGUGGUGGUGAUGAACGGACACACCUGCUCCUGCUGCUUUUCACUACAAAAAUACAUAGUAUCCUUAAGUGCACUUAGCAGACGAAUAUUUUGAGACUCACUCAAGUCGGGAGAAAAUACCCAAGUCCUAAAUUAAGUAUCCUUAAGUGCUCCCAGUAGACGACAAAAGUUGCGACUCCUCCAUGAGGGCUAGAGUUUAUCGGGAAAGAAAAGACAUUUUAAAUGUGUAUGGAGACUCUGAACUGGUGAAAAGAUUUAGACUGGCUCGAGGUGGCAUUAUGUUAGUGACUAAUUAAUUAUGUGAGAAAUAUUAUUCAGCCACCACCAACACGUAGAAGAAAAUCCAUACCGCUGAACUAAAAGUGCUCACUUGUCUACGUUAUUUGGUUACAGGAAAAAUGCAAUUGUGUAGUGGUGGCGAUUUUGGCAUAUCUCAACAAACUGCUGGUCGUGUGAUAAGUGAAGCACUUGAUGCCCUAACAACACUGGACUUUCUUGCAAGGUAUAUAAAGUUCCCAACCGUGCAGGAGGAAAUUCAGCACAAACGGGUAGAUUUUAGAGAAAUUUCCAAUUUUCCGGGAGUAGUUAGGGCUAUAGAUGGCACUCACAUACGGAUUAUUGCUCCAAGAGAAUAUGAACAAGAAUAUUUGAAAAAAAAAAUAUCACAGCAUCAACAUACAGCUGUUUGACGCCCAGUAUCGAGUAUUGGAUGUGGUGGCACAGUGGCCUAGGUCGGUCCAUGACUCCAGGAUAUGAAAUGAGUGCAGACUUUGAAAGGGGUACCAUACCAGGUGGCUGUCAUCUUAUAGGUGAUAGUGGCUACCCAUGUCAGCUGUGGCUGCUGACCCCAGUCCUGCAACCAAGGGAUGCAUCAAAGGAAGCUUACAGCAGAGCACACAAACGAACAAGAUGCAGAGUAGAGAGAGGGAUCGGCCAACUGAAACUGAAGAGGAGGUUUCAUGUUCUGCAUGGUGAAAUCAAAGUGGAUCCUAUAAAAACAAGCAAAAUUGUGAUGUUGAGGUGCAACCCAUUGGUUCUGCUUGCACACCAGGUAUACCCACACAUGACCACUCCCACCACACUCUCCAAAUCCGAGGUCUAGGAUCAAGAAAUGCCCAAGAUGAGGAGUAUGUUACAUAUGUUAAGGAAUUUAAUCAUAUGACAAUUGACCUGAAAGCUAGGCUUGCAACAAUAGUUAAGGAAAGAGACUACCUGAAAACAGAAAAUGUGAAAAUGAAGAAGAGCAUAUUAUCAUUACAACAACAAUUUAAUGAUGCUA